AUGUCCACCUUUUACAUCUACCCUCUAGACCAGAAAGACCAUCAAUUUCAGCACCACCAUCACCACCACAACCAGCCACCGAACGGAGAACCUGGUCUCAGUCAACUAAAAUCCCUCAGUGCCACGGGCCUCUCCAGGAUACUAGAAAUCCCAUUAUGUUUAUUGGAAAAUACAAAUUCCAAGGAUCAGCAACAACAGCAACAAAUAUAUUGUACCAGCAACAGUAGUAUAGCUCCCUCUCAUGUGGCAUCCAAAGAGGAAACAUCCAUAAUAACCGCGACAGAUGAGCUUGUAACGCAUAGCUUUGCAAACAGAAAGAGAUCUAUAGUGAAGCGCAGGAAAUCAGUGCUGUCCGCCUCUUUCACUGCAGAGGACGAGGCGGAAGCUAUACGUAUUGACAGGGAACAAACGCUGGCUGCAUUGGAAAGAGGCCAUCGGAGCGAAGGAGAAAGAAAAGAGGAGACAGAGACGCAAGAAAUAGCAGAACAGGAAGAAGGGAUUCUCGAACAUGAUCCGCUAUCGAAUAGGGAGUCAAUUUUCGACGCACCAAAAAACAUAUACUCCCAAGAAAACUUGAUAUUUGACGUCCAUGAUGGCGAUGUACAUGAUUUCGAGCUGCUAGGAAAGCCUCAAGAAAUGAACAGGGGCAGCAUGAGAAAAGAAGAGAAAGAAGAAGAGGAGGAAAAUGGCAUCCCUUCCAAGCAAGCAACAAUACAACAGCAACAACAAACAGAAGGGGCGAAUGUUGUAAACCCAAAAGACUCUGCUAUUGAUUUACGGAUCACUGCAUUAGAGCAGGAAAAAGACGGCAUAGAACAAGCCCGUGUUGAUGUUGCUGACAAUGAUUCAUGCACAAAAGUGAUUGAUCUAUCUGUUGCUUCCUCUUUAUUUUCAUCUUCUGCAAUUGCCUCUUCUGAUCCUCCUUUCUCCUCCUCCUCUUCCUCUGUCUCCUCUUGCUCCCCUGCUCCUACAAGGACAACAGCAUUGAAGAAAAAGUCGAGUUGGUCACCCAGGCGAAUGUUCUCUGCUUCCUCCAAAAAGUCCACCAUAGACGAGAAGCAGGAAAAGUUCAAUAUCUCAUCCUUGUUUUCUCGGAAAUCCUCAUCGUCAUCCUCUAAAAAAAGCAACCAAAGCACCACUAACAACAGCAGCAAAUCACUAGAAUGUACUAGUAAAGCAAAAAAUGACAGUUGUACAUUAUCAAAAAAUACAGUUCCCUUCAAUUACACAAGAUUACCUAUCCACACAGAAAGAGCCAUAUACCGUUUGUCUCAUUUGAAACUUACAACCCCAAGACGCCCAUUGCGAGAUCAAGUGAUUAUUUCCAAUUUAAUGUUUUGGUAUUUUUCCAUCGUAUCUACAAAUAGCACCACCACGGAAAACGAGCCAGCACCUAUGGAACAUCUAGUCAUGACUAAAAAGGCAUGCCGAAUGCAGCAGCAGCAAAUACAGCACAAAAAGAGGAGAAUGAGAAAUCAAGUAAGGCCGGAGAACAGCAAUGCAAUGGAUAUCAUUACAAAGCAGCAGAAAAAGCCUCGUCAGCACCGCCCUCAUGUAAACAAAAAGACAGCUAUAAGACCUUAUUCCAAUAACUCGAGCUCUGAAGAAGACGAUGACGAUGAAGAUGGGGACGACACUGACACGGAUUCAGAUGACAAUUCAGACAGCUUCUCGUUCACCUCAUCAAACUCUUCGUUAUCCAUGUCGGAAGAUGUUGAAUACUUGGACCAAAAGAAAAAGGCGAAGAAGACGAGCAAGUAUUCGAUAUUCAGCAGCAAGAAAAAGGAUAAGAAAUGGCUGCCUUCCUUCUCCAAAGGAAACAACAGACUACAACAGCAGCAACUGCAAUCAGACGAUGAUGACGAUAUACCCUUGGCAAUGUAUCAAACCAAAUAA